CUGUUGGACCGUGCGGCUUUGAUUAAUUGUAGCAUCCGCGGGGCGAGUUGUGGACGUUGGAUUGUGCUUCUUUGACUUUCACUGCGCUUCUUUGACUUUGACUUUGACUGUGAUUGGCGGCUCCGGCUCAUCAUCGCACGGAAAGGACGGUAUUGUGGUCUUCAUCCGUCCACGUCGUCGUCGUGAGAGAGAGAGAGAGAGAGAGAGGACGUUGAGAUGGCUGUGUUCAUCCUGCGCAUGGCCAGUGCAAGGUCAGCGAUGGCGACUUUCUUCUCGGUGGUGAUGUGGAUGGCUAUGGCGGCGCUACCGGCGUUGGGGCAAUGCAAUUUCGACAUCGAGGGGUAUAAAGACACCCCCCCGACCGUUCGAAUCUGUCCGGAGGGUGAUGUGCGGCUCAACCAGACCAACGGAGUUGGACCUAUCAUUCACAAUGUCAAUGGCACGGCGAAGAAUACAACGACGGUGAACGCCAAUGGUUGUGGGCUUUCGGACUCGAAGAACGGGCCCUGGGAUUACGAUACGUGUAAUAGAGUGUUCAGUACCUGGGGCAAUCUAGUCCACAAGAGGACUAUUCAGCCGGAUGUGAAGAACAAUUUUCUGAACAAGUACGUUAGAAUCAACAUCACUCAGGUCACUUAUCCGGACAACAGCAAUUGGAACGGACAGGACUGUCUCGUCAUCAAGACGCCGAGCAAUUACACGUGCCCGGCCUAAAGUGCGAAAGAAACUUCUGCGAAGUUUCAGUGGCGCUUCAGUGUCGCGUCGACGAAGUUUCUUUAACCGGUCAAGUACCGAGAGAGAACAGCAGGUGUAACGGGAGGGCCAGACUCGAGAUCCCGACGAAUUUGACGUCGGACAUGACGGACAGAAGGCCUCGUCAUCAAGACGCUGAGCAAUUACACGUGCCCGGCGUGAAGCGCGAAUGGAACUUUUCGGCGAAGUUGUAGUGACGCUUCAGUGACGCGUCGACGAAGUUUCAUUGACCGGCAAAGUACCAAGAUAGAACAGUCUGAACAGCAACUGCAACGGGAGGGACACACUAAACAUCCCGACGAAGAAUUUCACUCACGUGCCCGGCCUAAAGUGUCCAUAGGUAGAUAAAUUGAUAGAUAAAUAGAUAAAUAGGUAAAUAGAUAGACCUAACUGAAAGUGCGUGGAAGUGAACUUUCUUAGAGUCGAGCCGGGCUGGCAGCAUCAGAUGUCUGGACAAAUGGACGUGAAAGUUCUGGGAAACUUCAUUGCGGUUGAGGGAAGUUUCACUCACCUCUUUGACCGUUUUGAAGAAGUUUCAUGGACUGCAUUGACUACGCGUGUUGCCGUUGGUGGCGUCAAAUAGAAUGGAAAGUUCCUUGAGACUUCAGUUGAACAGGCAUCAGGCAUCGUCAAUGCGGAGAGUACGAUGACGGGUCGGGCAGACAAUGAUAAUGAUGACAAUGAUGAUGAAUGAUGACCGGAGAAAACGAUGAAGAUGAUGUGUGGCAGAAGUCGUGAGUCCGUUAGAUAGUUAAUCAAAUCAAAGUCAAGCGUGAGAGGCGGGAAUUUGAGGACGGUAUCGUUUGGGUGACGAAUGGGGAAAGUCAGUUGUAAAUUGACAAAGUCAAAGUCAAAGCCAGUUAGUUAUGAAUUGUCGGUCAAAGUCGAACUUGAGUGGCGGGAAUCUGAGGACGAUAUUAUGCGGCCAAAGCAUAUGGUUCGAGUCAGUUUUUAAGUGGUCAAAGUCAAAGUCAGUCAAAGUCCAAGUCAAAGAUGGUGAGAAUGGUAGGCAAAGUCGAAAGGCGGCUAGGGGUCGUCAGUCGAAGUGAGUUAAAGAUUGUCAAAGUGGAAAGUCAGUUGUAUAUUGACAAAGUCAGUUGUAUAUUGACAAAGUCAGAGUCAAAGCCAGUUAGUUAUAAAUUGUCGGUCAAAGUCAAACUGGUUGUCGGUCAAAGUCAAACUUGAGUAGCGAGAAUGUCACGACGAUGUCCUUCAGUUGAGGCAAAGGAUGGAUCGGGAAGGAUGGAGGUAAAAGUCUAAAGUCAACACUGUCGGUUAAAAGUCGGUAGAAGAGAGGGAGGAUACGCCAAACAACAUAUGAAAGAUUGUCAUUCAGCAGAUGAAGGAUAAAAAUCGACUUGUCGU